AUGGGAGAUGUUGACAAUCCACAGUGUCUUGAAGGCACAGCGCUUUAUGCUGAUUUCCCUCGCGCUACUUCAAGCCUCCCUUCAGCAGACUGCAGGAGCGUACACUCCCAUUUUGAGGGAACAGCGUCUCCAGGGAUCAGGGGCUCCCUAGCGGUCUCGCCCUCUACUGGUGGCGCUAACCUGUUGCUCCCUCCUGAUGAGUCGAACUCGAGAUCAGCCGUGUCUCGCGAGGCCCUUGAUCGGGUGGCGGAGCUGGUGAAAAACAACGAGUUGUUUGCAUUUAUCAAGGGGUCACCAGAAGAGCCCCAGUGCGGAUUCAGCAGGGUUGUCAUACAGGUGCUACGCGCGUGCGGUGUUACUUCAAUCCCGUACCAGGAUGUCCUCUUGGAUCCUGAAUUGCGAGCAGCCGUUCGGGUGUAUGGGCAGUGGGAAACGUUUCCCCAGGUGUACAUACACCAAGAACUCAUUGGAGGAGCAGAUAUCCUUUUGGACAUGUUUAAAAAGCAAACACUGCAAGAACUGCUGCAGAAGCACAGCCUUGUUCAGGAGGACAGUGCCCACCCGUAA